AUACUUUCCAGAACCUGACUUCAUCAGAACCUCACCAUUCUUUUUCCUGUCAAGCUAUUCCUACCAGACAUUAUCACCAUGGAUCACCUCCCGCCGCACAUCAUUGACUCCAUCGUCUCGUACACUAUCGGACGGGACAAGUUGAGACCUGAGCUCCGGACCGACGCCAAGCCGGUUACUGUGCCGCAUACUCUGUACCCGCUGAUGAGCAUCGAUCCUGAAUGGCGACGUGUCGCCAGUAGUUUCAUCGGCGAAUCGGCCAUAAUCUUUAUCAACUCGCAAGGCACAGACAACCAGAACUAUCCUGAGGAUACACAGUCGCUUGGACGUAUCAUUGCAGCCGGGCUCGAACACCAUGUCCGACACUUUCAGCUGUAUUGCACUCCUGAAGAUGUCGCCAACGGAACAGUACACUCAGUAGUUGGCACUCUCUUCACCCAGUGCGAGGGUAGGCUCACGAAAGUCUACACGGUUACUGUUUGUGUCUCAGUCCUCAAUUCGCACGAACAGUAUCACAGACAUAUGAGAGGGCAGCCUGCAAUUGAUCCACAGGAGCUUGCCAGCAUAGAAAAAGGCUUUAAUCUGAAUAUCGGUCGUAUCGGCGAGCUGCUGAGGGAGGCAAUGCCAAAUAUUGUUUCGGUUGUGUAUUCUGGUGACCAUUAUUCGAUGCUAGACAACAAACGGAUAAACACCACUGCACUAUCAGCGUUUUUAGGUGUCGCACCAUCAAUCCAGUGUCUGAGUGUCCUUGGAAACCAGACCUUGUACGCCGAUUUCGACAGUAAAUUAGCGCCUAGACUCAAGCACAUGCACGUUGAUCUGAGUGACGGCAGUGGCAACGGACUCAUCGAGCUGGUAGUGCGCAAUGCUGACUGUUUGGAGAUGCUAAGUGUCGAGUUCCAAAGCUCCGAACCACUCAACAAGCUGUUCCACAACCCUGCAGAUAAGUCACCUGUUGUAUAUUCGCGGCUGCAUACGUUCACAGCACCAUUCAAAAAUGGCUGGAGAGUUCAGGAUGACGGGUGUGCGCCAACGGCCAAUCCUUUCCCAGUGCUGCGAAAGUUUGUAUGGAAGAGGAUGUGCCAGUUCAGAACCAGCAGCGUGUUUCGUUGGAUCCAGCCUACGGUUGAGGUGAUGGAAGUCCAUAUCAGCUAUCAGAAUUAUGAGAUGUUUGUCAAGGACGGCGUGUUCGAUGGUGGCUCAUUCCCGAAUCUGCGCCGUGUUGAUCUAUCAUGGUAUACUGGUCCUGACGGCAUUUCGAUUGUUGAUCCAGCAGGGCUACUCCCGCGUGUAUUAUCACUUAGUCCUGUUCUCGAGGAGGUUGCAUUCGAUAAACGCGUUUCUUAUGCCUGCAGGGUAGUAGCUCCACUGUACAGGUGCAGGGAUUUGAAAGAGUUAACCAUAGCCGGUAUCCAGUUCACCAUUGCCGAUGCAAUCGGGCUGAUCAACACAUUCCCAAACCUACAGUCAGUGGUGCUGUCACUGAAGACUAGCCAUGACGUGAACGAGCGAGGUGAUGUCUCUGACGCCGAAGUCAAAGAGUUCCUGGAAAAGCAUAGCCAUGUAGCGAAUUCACAGCUCAGGACGCUGGAAAUUAGCACAGUUGUCUUCACUACAAGGCCACGCGCUGCACAGCACAUACUGCUACUGGCUAGCAUUUUCAAGUCUAUCCAGGGCAUAAAAAUCCGCAGUCUCAACGAGAAGCGCGAUGCAGCAAUCCUUGGGGCAUUGGAUGAGGCUAAGCAGCGCAAAUGCUUCGAUAACGAUGGAGAGGGUCGACCUCAAUGCAUGGAGUUUUCACUGGUUGAAAAGUAGAGUUUGCAGAACUGCAAUCAAAAAU